CCCUUCCCCACCCCAAUCCAGCUCGUGGCCCUGUGGCUCACGCCUCGAUUUUCUGGCCGAGUCCCCCUGCCCCCACCCCUUUCGGGGACCUCAACGAAGCCGGCAAACGUUGGCUCACGCAAUCGUCUAGCGCCUAGUCAACCGGCUAUCACAUCGUGAUAUCAGCCAGCUUCCGCGGCACCGUCGCACCGCGCGCCCCAGCUACUCGCGUGAGUAGGCUUCUCGAUCUGCCUGCGGAGCACGUGUACAUAGUGCCACCAAUCUGCAUCAACGCGCAACCCAUAAAAGCACCUGCGACAACAUGUGCCCGCCUUACUCGCGAUGCGCUUGCUCGCCAACUCAGAGGGAGGAGCACGAGGUUGCUCGUUUGCUCUCAUCUUGGCGCAAAUCCAAUCCGCAGUCGGCCUCGCCGGUCGGUGACAUGGACGAUGAGGAAGUGAUUCUCCUCCCGCGGCCGGGGCGGUCGCACAAGUCCCUCAACGGCCUCGCUGAUGCCUCCCAUGACGCAUCAACUAUGACAUCCCCCACGCCGUCGACCGUCUCGCGCAGCGUUACGCCCUCGGCGCCCAUCAGUCAGAUCACGUCUCCUGUUAGCUCUCCUCAUUUUCAUGCCGCUCCCAUCCGUGCGAGUGACUCUACGGGCAACCGUAGCAGCAUUGAGGCGAUUGAAAUCGACUUGGACCCAACCUCUUUCUCAGCGUAUAGCACUCCUUCAACGGUCAUCCCUUCGCCCCACAACCGGAUCAAUCGCCGGGCUUGUCACUCGUUGGUGACCAACCCUCAGCCUCGUGCUGCCGAGAGGCCUCACACCGGCGCAAACUCGUUUCAGAGUUUGAGCUCAGGCGACUCGUUGUGGUUUUUUGGGACGCCCCCGCCGCUGCCAACACGUUGGACCAUGGUCAAUGGGAUGAUGUUCGCCAACACGCCCCCGCCUCAGGCAAUGAGGAACAUCAAGCUCGACCAGGUAAAGCCUGCCGUCACGUCCCCGCCCACGCAGCCGUUGUCCCGCUGGUCUAUGGCGCCUCAGGACCUUCCGGAGCAUUAUUUUGGGGGUCACGGCUUAGCCCCAGUGCGGCCGCCAGGCUUUAGCUUCAGCCAACAGCUCGCCAAGACGCCCCUCCCCAGUCGCUCGACGACGAAUGCGACAGCGGCAAUUGCGCCCGAGACGUCGACACUGCAGCCCCAGCAGCAGCAGCCGCUGCAAGAGUCGACCCAACCUUCGUCGCAGUCGCAGCUGCGUCCGUCGUCCCCUCAGCCACUCCAGACUAAUGGUCAUUGGGAGUCACCCAUCGAUGCCGGUCGACAGGCCAUUCACGGCAGAACGGAGAACUCGCAAGCGCCCCUGGUCAAGGGUACCCCGCCCCUUCGCUCGCGCCCCCCCACGGACCGCUCUCAGUGGCAUCACCGCGUGGCCAGUCUCGAUGACCAUGCCACUAUGGCCAUGGCCGUCUGGUUUACCAGUCUAAUCGUCAACCGGCUGGCUUACCCGGACAGGGCUGCCUUCAAUCACAGGAACCCUCGGUACACCGAGAACUGUGGAUACUCGGGCGUCUUUGACCCGUACAACGUGGUCUCGUCUGGUCACACCUUUUCAGACGGCCACAUUGUGGUAGCGCCCGAGCUGGCGCACCACUUUUACGCUCUCAUUCAUCAUUGGAGCAAAGCGGAAACUUUCGUGGCGGCGGCUUACUUCUUGCCUCGUCUUCCGCUCCACGAUAUCGACGGACACUGGGGAUCAGAGUUCCGCCUUCAGUUCCUCCAGCCUCGGGCGGAAAGGAGAGCGUUUGAUUUGGAGCGCCGCCUUGCUGCCGUCGCAAUCAGCUUGGCGCACAACACGAUCGAAGACCGUGAGUAUCAUUUACCCACUGCUACGUUGUGGGAUAUGAGCGGCCUGGAGGGUCCUCGCUUCAACCUCCUGAAAAGGCACACCUUCAUGGAUCUCAGCUUCGACGUGAACAUUACCUCUGAGGAUUGGCGCGACCACAUCAUGACAAUCGGCACUGCGCUCAAGCCGGUUGACCGUCAAUCUUCCGGUAUGAUUAUCAACCUUGGUCCCUCACACUGCGAUGCCCUUGCGCGCGUCCUCAACUACAUGUGGGAGGUAGCAAAUGAGCUUUGCUGGAUCCCGCAAAGGCCUCACGUCAUCUCUGUAGCUGCGGCUCCGCCGGUUCACGCAAUGAGUACCGAUCUGUCGACCCAGGGCCGCGGCUUCGGCAGCACGUACGCGGAGCCACCCGCUCCUAUUGCGCGUGACUUUGCCUACGCCAAUACUGUGGGCCCCAACGCAUACGGACACGGCUACUUUGGAUACCAUGGGAUUAGCAACAUGUACCAGCGCACCGCUACUUGCGCCCCUCACAACUACAGCCAGCCCUCGGUGGCGAGCAUUCACGAUUACACUGCCGUUCCUCUCCCUCCUGCUUACUCCUACGCCCCGGCCUACAACCGAACCGACUAUGGCGUGCAAUCGUAUGCGAACCAGUACCCAACGCCGGCACCAUACCAGUACCCGACGCCGGCACCAUCCUCCCACAUAACCCCAGCUGCGGCUGACCCGACGCCGGCUCUUGGGCAGACAACCCACUCGACACGUACAGAGGUUCGCGCUCGCAAUGCACGCGAGGCGUACAUGCUGGAACAGGAGGCCCGCGCGCGUCAGGCUGACGAGGCUCGAGAGCAGGAGGCCCGCGCGCUGCGGGAGAACGCCCGAGUGCUGUUUGAGUCGAUCGCGCAUGUUUCCCACCAGGUGGAGCUCGACGCCGACUUAGAGAUGGAGAACGAGGAGACGAGUGCUCGUUCGCAAAGACGUGGGCUCGCCAAGCCCAUGCGCGCUCAGGAGCUGCGCGCGAAGCGUGCGCGUGCGCUGUAUCUGCAGCGCACCUACGGACAGAGAGCUAGAAACCAUAUUCUGGCCUGAGCGUACGAUUCGCCCUCAACGCGACCGCCGAUCGAGACCACAGUCUAUCAUCACUCGUCCAAAAUUACGAUCGCCUUGGACACCGUAUCGCCAACUACCAUCCAGUAAUAGGCCUCGCUCUUUGACUCCCAACUCCCCCCCAUCCCCCAACUCCCCCC